UUCUAGAUUUCUGAAGUGCUGGGAAUACUGAAUACAUGGCAAAGAACGUAACGUUUCUUCAGGCAGUUUUAAUAUUGCUGCUUCACGAUUACAUAUCCGCUGAUGAUGGUGAUAUAAGAUCAAGUUGUCGAACUGCCCCAACAGAUUUAGUUUUCAUCUUGGAUGGUUCCUACAGUGUUGGACCAGAAAACUUUGAAAUUGUUAAAAGAUGGCUUCUUAAUAUUACAAGCAAUUUUAAUAUAGGGCCCAAGUUUACUCAGGUUGGAGUAGUUCAGUACAGUGAUUACCCCGUCCUUGAGAUUCCACUUGGAACGCAUGACUCCAAUGAAAACUUAGUCAGAGAAAUGGAAUCUAUACAGUAUUUGGGUGGAAAUACAAGAACGGGGAGAGCCAUUCAGUUCGCCAUCGACCACCUAUUUGCUAAAUCUCCCAGGUUCCUCACAAAAAUAGCAGUUGUUCUCACUGAUGGUAAGUCACAAGAUGAAGUCAAAGAUGUGGCAGCUGAAGCAAGAAAAAACAAAAUCACCUUGUUUGCCAUUGGAGUUGGUUCAGAAACUGAAGAGGAUGAAUUGAGAGCAAUUGCCAACAAACCCUCUUCAACGUAUGUUUUCUAUGUUGAAGAUUAUAUUGCAAUAUCCAGAAUAAGAGAAGUAAUAAAGCAAAAACUCUGUGAAGAAUCAGUUUGUCCAACAAGAAUUCCUGUUGCAUCUCGGGAUGAAAAGGGAUUUGAUAUCCUCCUAGGCUUAGGUGUGAAGAGAAAGGUGAAAAAGAGAAUUCAAAUUCCAUCUACUAAUGCAAAAGCAUAUGAAGUAACUACAAGCGUUGACUUGUCAGAAUUAACCAGGGAUGUAUUUCCAGAAGGCCUUCCUCCAUCCUAUGUGUUUGUCUCUACCCAGAGAUUUAAAGUCAGAAAAACUUGGGACUUGUGGAGGAUAUUAAGCUUGGAUGGGAGGCCACAGAUAGCUGUCACUGUGAAUGGAGAGGACAGAACAUUGUCCUUUACUACAACAAGCAAAGUAAAUGGUUCUCAAGUUGUUACUUUCACUGCACCCCAUGUAAAGACUUUGUUUGAUGGGGGCUGGCAUCAAAUACGUCUCUUAGUAACAGAAGCGGAUAUAACAUUGUAUAUAGACGAUCAAGAAACUGAAAUGAAGACAUUGCACCCAGUUUUAGGAAUUUAUAUCAGCGGACUAACUCAAAUAGGAAAAUAUUCUGGGAAAGAGGAGACUGUUCAAUUUGAUGUCCAAAAGCUGAGGAUCUACUGUGACCCGGAGCAAAACAAUCGAGAAACAGCUUGUGAGAUACCUGGCUUUAAUGGAGAGUGCCUGAAUGGACCUAGUGAUGUAGGAUCUACACCAGCUCCAUGUAUAUGCCCUCCAGGAAAACAAGGACCCCCAGGUUCAAAGGGAGAUCCUGGGCAACCUGGGAAUCAUGGCUUUCCUGGAGAACCUGGUCCAGAUGGUAAGCCUGGUUACCAAGGAGUACCAGGAACUCCAGGUAUUCCAGGAUCCCCAGGGAUUCAAGGACCACGUGGUUUUCCAGGCAUGAAGGGCGAACCUGGGGCUGAUGGGAAAAAGGGUGAACGUGGACUUCCAGGUUUCCCUGGAUUGCAUGGGAUGCCGGCAUCUAAGGGUGACAGAGGACCUAAAGGAGAUCAAGGCCCACCAGGAAUUUAUGGGAAAAAGGGUGCAAAAGGAGAAAAGGGUGAAGCAGGAUUUCCUGGAAUGCCUGGCCGGCCUGGGGAAUCUGGGAGAAGUGGAAAGGAUGGUGUACCUGGGAACCCGGGUUUCAAGGGAGAAGCUGGACUGCCGGGUUCUGCUGGGCCAGAAGGAAGAAGGGGUGAUCCUGGAAUUCCUGGGAUCCCUGGAGUUCAAGGAAUCAAAGGAGAAAAGGGGGAAAUUGGACCUCCAGGACAGCAAGGACAAAAAGGAUCUCCUGGAACACCAGGUGUGGCUGGACUUGAGGGAUCAUCAGGUUUACCUGGAGGACCUGGGCCCAAGGGCAGUAAGGGCGAGCCAGGACUACAAGGGAAACGAGGGAUACCAGGUAUCAAGGGAGAACAAGGAAGACCAGGUACUGCAGGUGAACCAGGAUAUCCCGGUAUACCUGGCACACAGGGUUUGAAGGGAGAGAAAGGAAACCUUGGAGAGAAAGGCAUCCAGGGUCAGAAGGGAGAAGUGGGCAGACCAGGGAUUCCAGGGCAGAAGGGGACCACGGGAUUAAAUGGACAUGAAGGACAGAAAGGCGAGAAAGGAGAUCCAGGCAUUAGUGGUUCCAAUGGACAAAAGGGAGAACCUGGAACACAUGGCCUGAUUGGUUUACCAGGCCCAAGAGGAAUGCAUGGCGAGAGGGGCUCUCCUGGGGCUCCUGGAUCAGAUGGAAAACCUGGAAGAGGAUUUUCAGAAGAAUUUAUUCGACAAGUUUGUGCAGAUGUGCUGAGAACUCAGUUGCCUAGCAUACUUCGGAAUGGGAGACUGCAACACUGUGAUCAUUGCCAGUCUCACAAUCCUUCCUCAGGACCUCCUGGCCCACCAGGCCCAAUUGGCCCACCAGGUCCUAGAGGUUUUCCUGGCUUGGAAGGAAAUGAUGGUGUUCCAGGACUUACAGGGGCUCCUGGUCGUCCCGGAAAUCGUGGACCAAAAGGAUUACCUGGGAAAAAUGGAGCUAAAGGAAGCCAAGGAAUUGGGAUUCCUGGAAUACAAGGCCCUCCGGGACAUCCAGGUCCUGAAGGCCCUCCUGGGAUAAGCAAAGAAGGACUUCCUGGAGAACCUGGAGGACCUGGUAAAGAUGGAGAUCGUGGAAGUCCUGGAAUGCCUGGACAAACUGGACCCCCUGGAGUUUGUGAUCCAUCUUUAUGCUUUAGUGUAGUUGUAGGACGAGAUCCAUUUAGAAAAGGCCCAAACUAUUAAUCUGAGAAAUAUUAGUUGGCAAACUAGGCCUUUUAUGCUCACUCUUGUCUCAGGAAAAUUACUAGCAAUAAUUCCCUAUCCCAGGAACAAAGGUACCUCUCAUUUGGAAUGUGGUAAAUAUUCAAUUUUAAGACACUAAAAUGUGGCUUCUUUGGGUUUAUUUACAGAGCUGCCCUAAGCAGAGUUCCAUCCUUCAGUAGACUUAGACAAGUCUAACUCUGCUUAGGGUUGCACUGUAAAUCUCCAAGCAUCAAUCCAGUUAGUUGGACAUCACUACAGUUUACUGAGACAAAUGGAACAAAAUAGUCAUGACUAAGUUUACCCCCGAAGUUUUCAAUUAUGACUAACUUUAGCUGCGUUGUAGCUUUAGUAUCCUGUGAGAGUUGUUCUAUAAUGUUUGCCCAAUUACAUUGUUGCUUCCAUUGGAAGUCCACUGACAAUAUAAUAACUUCACCAGAAGCUGGAUUGGAUCCUCAACUGCUUGGUAAUCAGGAGUAAAAUCACUGUGAAGUGUUUCUUAUUCAGCCUAGAAAUGCAGCAUCUUAAUUUCAAUGGAAACAUGGCUGGCUCAGGCUGUUGUUUCAUUGGUGUGUGAAUCUCAUCCAUUGUGUACAUUUCAUAUUUCAUUUGUUAGGUUUCUGUUAGGAAAUGCAUGACCCCAAGUUUUAAAAGCCUGUUCAUGUAAUUACUUUUUUGUACUAUUUAUUCAAAGAUCCAAUUAUCAGUUUCCAUCUAUGAUCUAAGAAACCUUUGUAGGCACCUUAAUGUAAACAAUUUUGAAAAAUUGGUUUCUAAAUAUAAUAUCAUGAAGUGUUUUUUUUAAUCAUUUGUUUACACAGCAAAAGUUUUAACAAUUUGAAAUAUAUUAAUCCUAACUAUAGAACUGGGUGCUAUCAUUGUCCCAAACUUCAUAGGAUUGUAGUAGUAAAAAAAAAAGGUUUACAAGAUAUGCUUAUGCUUAUUGUGUUCCUAUAGAGUUUGUUUUGCUGCUUCUUUUGUACAUUUUAAGCAAGGUAUUUCUGUUUAUUUCAUAAAAUGAGAAUCAAGAGGUGCUGCUGGCAUUCUAAUCAAUUCAGUUGUACAAUUUCCAUUAAAAUUUGAAAUCAUUUUAAAUAUUAUUGCUAAGAGAGUCUUACUGCACUUAACCAAAGCUUUAUAACUAGCCUUUUCAUGAUGGGUUUCCUGUUGGCAGUAAUAAGAUUCUUGAUGUUCAAGGUUAAAUAAAUGUUUACAGAAUUUGUGGUAUGCAA